AUGAAGUCGGUUUUGGUCGCGUUUUGCCUUGUUUCCUCUUCGGCUGCCUUCCUGUUCCCCAGCUCAGGCUGCGGAUGGUAGGCCUUUUCCUUAUUUGAAACCUGGUUACUUUCUGAUCGAGCUAUUUCCUUGUCUCUGAGUUUUAAGUUCAAAAAAGAAAACGCAGUUUCGUAAGCUCUUCUGAAAUUUAACGCUCUAUAAUAUAACAAUGUUAUAGAUCAAACUUCCUCGAACAGAAAUCUUUCCACCGAAAAGAAUUCAAUAACUGUUUGACGUAAACAUUUUUUGUUCAAAUUUAUAUAUUCGGGUCCAACGUUGCUUCUGCAAAUUAUUAUCUCGAUGCUUCAAAAAAAAUUAAAACUUUCUAAUAGCAGAGUAAAAAAAUUAAGAAGAAUCUCAAAUUUUUAGAUUUGUGAUAAAAAUACGUUUCUUCCUUCCGCUUAUGGAAUGAGAUAAAAAAACAAAAAAAGUUUUUUUUCAAUUUAACGUAGAAAAUGAUGUGGGGUCAAGCUGCAAGGACUUUUCUUCCUGUCGAUUAACGUUGAUGAUUUUCUUCAAAGGCUCAUUCAUUAUACAUGAUACCAUCCAAUAUCAAAUUAAAAGCUAUAAAAAUUUUCAGCAUCAGAAUUAAGGUAUAAAAAUUUAAUCAAAUUUAAACGAAAUAAAUAGAUUUAUUUUAAACUCAGAGUAAAUAAAGUAAGAUUUUCAGUUUCAAACUUUAUUUUUAUUUUUCAAAAACUCUUAAAUCGGGAUCUUUUUCCAGCGGCGGUGGCGGUCUUCCUCCACUUCCUCCUCUCGCGCUGCCUCCUCUUCCUAGCCUCGGCGGAGGCGGUUGCUGUCCACCACCAGCUCCAGCUCCUUGCGCUGCUCCAGUCGCUGUUGGAGGUGGCUGCGGAGCUGGAGGAGUUGCUGGCCCUAUUGCUGCUCCUGCCGGCGGAUACGCUGUUGCUCCACCAGUGAAGCAUCUCAUGAACUAUAAAUUAUGAAAAAUUCUUUUACAGCCACCACCAGCCUACCCACCAACAGCCGGAGGCGGUUACGGCGCCGGUCCAAUCGGAGGAGGCUUCGCUCCUCAACCUGCCGGAGGGUUCGGAGGAGCUGGAGGCUACGCCGCUCCACAAGCCGGUCCAGCUCCAGGAGGCUUCGGAGGUGCCGGAGGCUACGCGGCGCCAUCUGCCGGACCUGCUCCAGGAGGCUUCGCUCCUCAGGUUGGCGGAGGUGGCUACUCCGCACCUUCUGGUGGAAACGCCUACGCCGGAAAAUAG